GUCAACAUUCGCUCUGAUGAAUGCUAGGCAGGUGAGGGGAGACAAUUUACACUAAACUAAUUUCCUCUACCAUUAUCGAAUUCUUUUGGGGAGAGUCGUUCCACUCUCCUCCCUCCUGAACCCUUCCCUGUACCGGCCAUUCGUUCGCACCGCUCGAUCACCAUGGCGUCCUUCCUCGAAAAUGCAUACAGCUUGGUCCAUCUGGACAACACUGCUGAUCAGCCCUCUCUGCAGGAGCUGAAGCUGCAGUUGGAGAAGGGUACCGAUGAGACCAAGAUGGAGACAAUGAGGCGGAUCAUCACAAUCAUGCUCAAUGGCGACCCUAUGCCCCAACUGCUCAUGCACAUCAUUCGCUUUGUCAUGCCGUCUAAAAGCAAGCCCCUCAAGAAACUCCUAUACUUCUACUAUGAGAUCUGUCCGAAACUCGACUCGAAUGGCAAGCUGAAGCAAGAGAUGAUCCUGGUCUGUAACGGUAUCCGUAACGAUCUUCAGCACCCCAACGAAUACGUCCGAGGAAACACCCUGCGAUUCUUGUGCAAGCUCCGAGAACCGGAACUCAUUGAACCCCUCCUCUCGUCCGCACGCUCCUGCUUGGAUCACCGCCACGCCUAUGUUCGGAAGAACGCCGUGUGGGCUGUCGCUUCUAUCUUCCAGCACUCGGAGUCGCUCAUCCCAGAUGCUCCGGAGCUUAUCCAGGCGUUCCUCGAUACGGAGACCGACGGAACCUGCAAGCGCAAUGCAUUCGCAGCCCUCAUGUCCAUCAGCCACCAAAAAGCCCUGGAGUACCUGGCCUCUACCUUCGACAGCAUCCCGAACACGGACGAACUACUCCAAUUGGCUGAGCUUGAGUUCAUCAGAAAGGAUGCUGUGCAAAACACUCAGAACAAGGCACGGUAUCUGCGGCUGAUUUUCGACCUUCUCGAUGCGUCGACGAGUACUGUCAUCUACGAAGCUGCCACUUCUCUUACGGCACUCACCAGCAACCCCGUCGCCGUGAAGGCCGCGGCAAGCAAGUUGAUCGAACUCUGCAUCAAAGAAGCUGACAACAAUGUCAAGCUGAUCGUCCUUGACCGGGUCGACCAGCUACGCAUCCGCAACGAGGGUGUUCUUGAUGACCUUACUAUGGAGAUUCUCCGCGUCCUUUCUUCCCCGGAUAUCGAUGUUCGUCGGAAAGCCCUCAGCAUUGCCUUGGAGAUGGUCUCGAGCAAGAAUGUCGAAGAGAUUGUCAUGCUGCUCAAGAAGGAACUGGCCAAGACUGUUGAUGAACAAUAUGAAAAGAACAGCGAAUACCGUCAAUUGUUGAUCCAGUCGAUACAUAACUGCGCCAUUAAGUUCUCGGAGAUCGCAGCUAGCGUUGUCGAUCUUCUGAUGGACUUCAUCGCUGAUUUCAACAACAACUCCGCCGUCGAUGUGAUCUCGUUUGUCAAGGAGGUCGUGGAGAAGUUCCCCGCGCUCAGAACUUCUAUUGUUGAUCGCCUGGUUUCUACUUUGAGUGAAGUCCGUGCCGGCAAAGUCUACCGGGGUGUCCUGUGGGUUGUCGGAGAGUACUCUCUGGAGGAGAGAGAUAUCCGCGAAGCCUGGAAGCGGAUCAGGGCCAGUCUCGGCGAAAUUCCCAUCCUCGCCUCGGAACAACGACUUCUUGAUGAAGUGCCUGAGGAUGCGGCGCUCAAGGAGCAGGUCAACGGCCACUCCAAGCCGUCAGCCCCGACCGGAUCACGGAAGGUGCUGGCCGAUGGCACCUAUGCCACUGAGAGUGCUCUGACCAGCCAGUCUGCUGCGGCUGCUCGGCUUGAGGCUGUCAAGGCCGCCCAGAAGCCCCCUCUUCGUCAACUGAUCUUGGAUGGCGACUACUACCUUGCUACUGUCCUUUCGUCCACCCUCACUAAGUUGGUGAUGCGCCAUUCGGAGGUUUCCGAAGAUGUUGCUCGGACCAACGCCCUGCGUGCCGAGGCUAUGCUCAUCAUGAUCUCCAUCAUCCGUGUUGGCCAGUCGCACUUCGUCAAGGCCCCCAUCGAUGAAGACUCCGUGGAUCGCGUCAUGUGCUGUGUGCGCUCGCUUGCAGAGUUCUCUCAGAAGAAGGAAUUGGAGACUACCUUCCUGGAAGACACCCGGAAAGCCUUCCGCGCCAUGGUUCAGGUCGAAGACAAGAAGAGGGCCGCUAAGGAGGCCGUUGAGAAGGCUAAGACUGCCGUCCAGGUUGACGAUGCCAUUCCCAUCCGGCAAUUCACCAAGAAGGCAGCUCUUGAAGGUGCUGAGGAGAUUGAGCUGGAUCUGGCCAAGGCCACUGGCGGUGACUCAACUGUGGAGACGGUGUCCUCGAAGCUGAGCCGUGUUGUGCAACUCACUGGUUUCUCGGACCCGGUAUACGCCGAGGCUUAUGUCACGGUUCACCAGUUCGAUAUCGUUCUGGAUGUCCUUCUGGUCAACCAGACCCUUGAGACCCUACAGAACCUGAGCGUUGAAUUUGCGACUCUCGGAGACCUUAAGGUGGUGGAGCGGCCCACGACGCACAACCUUGGACCUCGCGAUUUCUUGAAUGUGCAGGCUACAGUCAAGGUGUCGUCGACGGACACGGGUGUGAUCUUCGGUAACAUUGUGUACGAUGGGGCGAGCUCGACGGAGUCGCAUGUUGUUAUCCUGAAUGACAUCCAUGCCGACAUCAUGGACUACAUCCAACCGGCACACUGCACUGAGACGCAGUUCCGGACCAUGUGGACCGAGUUUGAAUGGGAGAACAAGGUUAACAUCAACUCCAAGGCGAAGAACCUCCGCGAGUUCCUCAAGCAGCUUAUGGAGAGCACCAACAUGGCAUGCUUGACACCUGAAGCGUCUCUCAAGGGCGACUGUCGGUUCCUGAGUGCCAAUCUAUAUGCCCGGAGCGUAUUUGGUGAGGAUGCCCUUGCGAACUUGAGCAUCGAGAAGGAGGGAGAUGACGGGCCGAUCACCGGCUUUGUACGGAUAAGAAGCCGUUCUCAGGGUCUGGCCUUGAGCCUGGGGUCUUUGAAGGGCCUGAAGGCGUCUACAGCAUGAAUAGAGAAUCUCCUUUGAGCCGUAUUUGAAUAGCCACUACCCUUGUUACCUACUACAUGACUCUUCUGUUCGAUUUUUCGACUGCGUUAUUUUUUCUUUUAUUUUAACUCUUCUGUGUUCUUCUUAAUGGACGAAUUUGUUGACUAUAUGCACCUUUUACUCUGUUUAUUCUGGAUGAGAAAAGACUUUUUUAUCUCUCAAUGGAAUGCCCCAUUUGAAUGACUCUAUUUUAUAUUUUUAUUGGAUGUAUGUGUGUAUGUAUAUACCACCAUGGCCAGCUAUGUUUACAGUAGGAGGAAGGGAUGUUUCUUGGAAG